AUGGCUAGUGACACCGCUGCGAACACGAUGAACGAAAAGGUCGACGACGUGAGGGUCGAGGAGGCAUCGUCUUCUCCGAAUGAGCUCUCCGUCUCAGGUCCUCAUCCACACCAUGUAGAGCAUGCGCCGGCCGAGUAUAUCAAUGGCAAACCAUACUGGCAGACAAGCCUCUUUCUGGGUUCCUUCUGGGCCAUCGGGCUCGGUGUCCUUGCCUGUUAUGCUGGCUUUGCCAUGCCUGCAAACACCCUCCCGCUGAUCAACGAAGAUAUUGGUCCCAGCGCUGAUAUCAACUGGGUCUCCCUCUGCUGGACAUUAACCGUUGCUAUUGGCUAUACCCUCGUUGGAAGACUCAGCGAUAUCUUUGGGAGGAGGUACUUCUUUAUUGGAGGUGCCGCCCUGGGUUUGAUUGGAAGUAUCGUGGCCGCCACGGCGAAGACGGUGAACCAAUUAAUCGGCGCGACCGUCUUGAUCGGAUUGGCAGCCUCGUCUCAGAUCUCCUUCACCUAUGUGACGGGCGAGCUCGUCCCGGUCAGACAUCGCUUUAUCGUCAAUGGUUUGGUCAACGCCGUCAACAUGCCAAUUGGUGUCUUCGGCCCUGUGAUCGCCCGUGCAUUUAUACUCCAUACUUCAGCGGGCUGGAGAUGGAACUAUUAUCUCACCAUCAUCUUGAACGCGCUGUCCCUCAUUCUAUGGGCUCUAUUCUACUAUCCCCCUGAUUUCGCCCAUCUCCACCGUGUCCGUUCUCGCUGGCAAGAGAUCAAGAGUAUCGACUAUGUCGGCGUCGUUCUCUUCUCGGGAGGAUUGCUGCUGUUCUUGAUGGGUUUGUCGUGGGGAGGAGGACAAUAUCCAUGGAAAUCCGCACAUGUCAUCGCCACGAUAGUCGUUGGAUUCUUGACCCUGGUGGCCUUUGUCUUAUACGAAAUGUACUCUGGAGUCUACCGGCCCCUGGUGCCGAUGCAUAUCUUCAGGGACUUCCAGUACGAUAUGAUCGUCGUCUUGACGACAGUUGGCGGCAUGAUUUAUUAUUCCAUGACUGUGAUUUACCCCGUCAGUCUCGGCGUCUUCUUUUCGAGUGACCCGAUGACGGUUGGCUGGCUUUCCUGCGCCGUGGGCGGCGGGACACUGGCCGGACAAGUCAUUGGCGGCCUGCUCGCGAUGCGUAUCGGCUACAUCAAGUACCAGAUGAUCUUUACGACACUAUUUAUGGCAGCGUUUAUCGGUGGAUUGGCGGCGCAGACGAAAGAUACCCAAGCCCUAUCGAGUGCCUUUGCAACUCUCGGAUCCUUUGGUGUCGGAUACAUCGAGAUCCUCGCGGCCACGGCGGCAACAUUCGUGAUCAAGGACCAGAAACAGAUGGGCACGCCCAACGGCAUCUUUGGCAGCAUCCGGAGUGCGGGUGGCGUCCUCGCAACAACCAUAUACCUGACGAUCCUGACAAACCGCAUGGCGACCAACACGACGAACAUCGUUGUUCCUGCGGUCCUCGAGGCCGGACUCCCACAAUCGUCUCUCGAGCAGUUCUUGACAGCGCUGAACAGCGGGAUUGCUGCAGCAAUUGCCGCCGUGCCGGGGGUCACCGAGAGGAUCAUCGUCGCCGGCUCAAGCGCAUUGCUCGAGUCAUAUACGGACGCGUUUCAAAAGGUGUUCCUGGCCAGCAUCGCAUUUGGCGUGCUCUCGGUGAUGGCCGCGGUAGCGAUCAGGCCGUUCACCAAAGAGGAGCUCGCAGGGACCAUUAUCUUUCAUUUGGGCGAGAACAAAACGCAUCCACCGGCGGCUGGGGUCGUGGAGUCUCAGGAGGAUGAGAAUGAGGCGCCUCUUGAUUAA